CAGUGCGCGUUCCCGACACAGGGGGAACAGAUUUUCCCAGAGCUGGGGAAGCUAUGGUAGAAGAGUUGUGAUAUUAAAAUGAAAGAAGGUGGGGCUUCUUCGCAUCCUUCCGACGCAGGUUCCCUCAGAAGAUGAAGCAGCUGCUGGAUGGUUGUCAGAUCGCUGCGGGAUGGUCCGCUCACUCUGACCCAGCUUCCCUCAGACGCUGAAGAUGUCGUAUUCUCUGGGAGUCCACCUGCAGGUUGUGCUGGCUGUGGGUCUGGCUGUGCUCUGCUACUGUCUGGUUCUUGGCUGCAUCCUUUGCUGUCGCAAACAGAAAAGCCUUUCCUCUGAAGACAAAGAAGCAGCUGUUCUGUCCCCUCAUCCCGCUGAGAGUGUGACUGUGACAUUAAGUCACUCUCCAUGUACUCAGCCUGUCAAACAGCAGUACGAAGAGCUGGAUGGUGAUGUGUUGGAGUGCCCUUCUUCUAAAAGUAGAUCUUCUCCAUCUGAAGAUGACGUCAGCACUCUCCCAUUCGACAACAGCCCUUCUAGAGCCGCUGAGCUGGCCCAGUCUCCCAGAGCUACUUUCCCAAUGCGGCGCCUUAGUACUUCUGCUCUGCCCUGCUCUCCCAGUAAAGCUGCUAGUCACGGCAGGGCUUCCCUGCCCUCCCUCACCAAGCUCAGCUUUGUGUCCAAAUCCCGCCGGGUGAUAGGCAGACGCAGAACUGUCAGUGGAGAAAGUUAUGCUCUCAGUGAGAGCAGUCGGCUUACAGCAGGUGCUCCCAGCAUUAACAGCCAGCAGGGGGAGCCAUGUCACCCUCAGUACGGCUCCAACUCCAUCUCUGCCUCACCCAAACCAGCUCCUCUUCUGCACUUUUCUCUGCUCUUUAGCUCCAGCUCUGGCACCUUGGUGGUCAACAUCCUGGGGCUUUCUGGGGACACUAGAAGGCGUAGUGGGGUAUUUGUUCGCGCCAGCCUCCCUCCACUUCACCCCUCGCUCCAGCAGACAGCCCCACGCCGGCGCAGCCUCUGCCCAGACCUGGUCAACCAGAGCUUUGUGCUGCAGGUGGGCUCUGUGGAGGAGCUCUGCACCUGCACCCUGAGGCUGGCGCUCUACAGCAGGGACUUCUCUGGGCUGAGAGAGGCCGCUCUGGGGGAAGUGGAGUUACCCUGUGAGGAGAUUGAGUGGGAGCCUGACUCCAAGACUACCUACACCAAGCAGCUAAUCCCAAGCAAAAUCAAGCUGAAAAAGAGUUUCAGUUCUCAGGAGACUCUGGGAUGCAGGAAAAGCUCAAUCUGCGUGCCUCGGACUUUGGGCCAACUGUUCAUCUUGCUGCAGUACCAGACCCUGGCUCAGCGAAUCAAAGUGAUGGUUCGAAAGGCUGAUAAUUUGGUCAAGUUGACACGAAUCCCAGGAACUCCAGAUCACUAUGUUGUCAUAAACUUACAUCAGGAUGGUAAAAUAAUCGACUCAAAGGAGACCAAAGCAGCCAGUGGACCAAACCCCAUCUGGAACGCUCCCUUCCUGUUUGACCUUCCACCUGGUGACAUCACCCAGCUGCCACUGACUCUCGAAUUCAUCGUGAUGCAGGGCCGUCUCUACACUAAGAACAGUAUUCUGGGACGCGUACUGAUUGGCGGCGAUACUUCAGAUGUAGGACAGGAGCACUGGAGGGAAAUCUGCGGUCCAGGACAAACAGAAACCACCCGCUGGCACGCCAUCCAGUCAGAUGCAGUGUAGGACUAACUAUAUGUAAAAAGUGUAGGUGGAGCAGAAUCACAUUUAUCUGUGGGACUAUAGAAGGUGAAACACUGAUCACACUGGGGUGGGAGGAAUGAUGCGUUUUUCUAAUAUACCAGUCAUCUCACUCCAUCACAUUAGUGAUUAUUACUUCACUGUGAUUCCUUAAUACUGUAGCAUUCUAACAACUUGGAUGUACUGUGAAACUUAUACUAAUGUUGUAGAAUUGUUUAUUUUGUGCCAAGAAACGACAGAUAUCAAAGCUUGCUGGACAAAAGGCUAACAUGCAUGUGUGUAAUUUACAUCUUUGACAGUUUGUGACUAUUUUCUGGCAUCUGUACCUGUACCAAUAUCCCUCUUUCACACUCUUAUAUCUAUCAUCCUGUACAGAGCUGUUAAAAUUUAAUUGUUAUGGUUGGGAUGCCUGCUAAUUCUUCAUCAUUUUGUUAUUUACCUGGGGACACAUUUUGAUUAUUUUUUUUUUUUUAAUGGGAUUGCAAAGAAACCUCGUAUUGUUGGAGUCCAAAAAGGUUUUGAUAAUGGGAAUAAUUAAAGAUACAUAAUUACAAAGCACAUGAAGAUCUCUACUCUAAAAGUAUCUACAGGUUAAAUAUUUUACGUUGAAGAAAGGCUCACUGAAAACCAAAAUGUCUGACAUUGAUUGGAUUUGUUUCUUAAAUAUGAAUAGCAAAAUAAUUUACAGCAAACUUAAAAUAGUAACAUAAAAACAGAAAACAAAAGUUGGUCCCAGAUUACUUAUUGCAGAGAUUUUUUUUUAAAUAAUAAGGAAGGACAGAUUUUUAUAUGUCAGUACUGCAGUGGGCCAACAGGUGUCAGCAGAACCACCUCUCUAUCCAUUUGGAGAGUCAUUAGAAUAGAGAUGAUCCUCGGUUCUUUUUAAUGAAAUACUUUAUCUCAAAGUUUGUGACCAAAUGACAACGUUUGAAAGACUCAGGGGAUAAUUUGGAUUUACACUAUGUAACAUAUUAGAUGAUUGCUAAAGGGGUAAAUUUGAAAGAAAUGGACAUUUUCUGUAAAUAUACUUUCUGCAUGU